AUGGAAUUUGGCUUCACUACCAAGGACACAUAUCUGAGCCAUUUUAACGCUCAGGCUUACCUAGAAAAAUAUUACAACUUUGGGUCCAGACACUCUGCAGAAAACCAGAUUGUUAAGUAUCUUCUGGAAAAUCUUUUCCAGAUAUUCUGCCUUCGUGGCAUGAAGGGAGACCUCCUGAUUGACACUGACUCUGGCCCCACCAUCUAUCAGCUCCUUUCUGCUUGUGAGUCCUUCAAGGAGAUCAUCACCAGUGACUACAAGGACAGGAACCUGCAGGAGCUGGAGAGGUGGCUGAAGAAGGAGCCAGGGGCCUUUGACUGGUCUCCAGUAGUGAACCACAUGUGUGACCUUGAGGGAAACAGAGUCAAGGGACCUGAGAAGGAGGAAAAGUUGCGGUGGGCGGUCAAGCAGGUCCUGAAGUGUGAUGUGACCCAGAGCCAGCCUCUGGGGUCUGUCUCCCUGCCCCCCGCUGACUGCCUACUCACAACUCUGUGCCUGGACGCCGCCUGCCCGGACCUCCCCACCUACCGCACCACCCUUAAGAACCUCAGCAGCCUGCUCAAGCCAGGGGCCUUCCUGGUGAUGACUGAUGCCCUCAAGAGCAGCUACUACAUGAUUGGUGAGCAGAGGUUCUCCAGCCUCUCCCUGGGCCGGGAGGCCGUGGAAGCUGCCAUGAGAGAGGCUGGCUACAAGAUUGAACAAUUCCAUGUUAUUUCUCAGAGUUACUCCUCUACUACAGCCAACAACGAAGGCCUCUUCUCCCUGGGGGGACGGAAGCUGAGUGGAUCUGUAUGA